GUCGCGGUGGGUGUCGCGGGCCACUCGGCUCUCCUUUUCGUGUGCGUCUCCCUCCCUUGCCGGCGCGCCUUCGAGCCCUUCGAGCCUCGCCACACCGCCCUCCGCCUCCUGCUCGCCCUCCGCCUCCAGCACGAUGGUUGACUUGAUCUACUGGCGCGAUGUGAAGAAGACAGGAGUUGUGUUCGGAGGGGUGAUGAUGAUGAAUGGCCUACCUGUCCCUCAUCUCCGUGGUGGCCUACACCUCCCUGACCGUCCUCUCAGGAACAAUCACCUUCCGCAUCUACAAGAACAUCAUGCAGGCCGUUCAGAAGUCACAGGAUGGACACCCAUUCAAGGACAUCCUGGAGCUUGACACCAACCUGCCCUCAGAAAAGGUGCACGAGGCCACCGAUGUCAUCAUUCAGCAGAUCAAUUCCACAAUCAGCGAACUCAAGCGACUCUUCCUUGUGGAGGACCUUGUGGAUUCCGUUAAGUUUGGUUGUCUGCUUUGGUGUUUGACCUACUUGGGAUCUUGGUUCAAUGGUUUGACCCUCGUCAUCCUUGCGGUUGUAGCUCUCUUCAGCCUUCCCAAAGUCUACGAACAGAACCAAGCCCAGAUUGACCAGUAUGUUGGUCUCGUUCGCUCACAAGUUAACGACAUCAUGUCCAAGGUGAAGGCUUCCCUCCCCAUUGGAAACAAGGAGAAAACCCAGUAAGACAAAGAAAACAUCAACGUGUGAUAUCCUGAGUGCAUCUGUGUUUGCGCUACAUCAAACCACUGGUGUGUUGCGGCAUCUGCACCGUCGAAGUGCACACAUUUGUGUGCAGAGUAAUCCCAGAGAGGAACCAACCAAUCCUAUUGUGGUCUGGCUUGCAAUGCUCCCCGAAGUCACACAAUGUUUCCUGAUGGGAAUGCACUAGCUAGCUGCCAUGUCUGUUGUAAUGAUAGGUGAACUUUGUAAUAUUGCUUUAGCUAUUAUGGUAACAUCUCUUCAAUGGCAGUGAACAAGUUUUUGUGUACAGUAAACCAGUGAUGGAACCCAGCAGCCAAGUUGUGAGGUUUGGGGAGCAUAAAGACAGUUUUAUGAAUGAAAGAGGCACACAGUGAGAAAAAAUAUAUAAAUUAAGAAGCACUUCCAGCUGAUGAUAUUAUUAGUGCUAUGAAGAUGAUGCUCAGUUGAUGCUAUUGUGCCUCUGGUCACCCUAUUUCUGAUUCUCACCUUUGCUUGCUUGUGUCGGUUAGAAGAUUCUCUGUAGCAUCAAGGGUGUUUAGCAUGUGCUGGGCAUGCUAUUUAUGCAGUGCACCCAAGGUAUAAACAGGAAGUGGUGUUAUAGUUAUACAUACAAUCAAGGGUGAGGAACAUGUUUGUGAAAUACACUACUCCAUUGUAUAGUCAUUGCAUUAUCGUUCUUUGUAGUAUUUUUUUUUCUUCUUCUUUCAUCUUUCUUUUUAUUAAUUAGCACUGUGAAAGGAGUAUCAAUGCAAUCAUUUUCAGUUGUUUAGUUUGUCCUUAUAUGCUUCAAACUGGCUGUCAUAUAUGGUUAAUGUAGAAUUGCCAAUUAGUGCAAAAGAUCUGUUGUCCAUUGUCAGUCUUCUAAGAUCUGUCUUUAUUUAUAAUUCUCAUGCUUUUAAAAUUUUCUAUUGAAAGAAAAAUCUCCAAUGUACCCAAGGCAUAUACUUUUAUAAAGGAUAAGCAAAUAGUGUUUUGAUUUUUUAUAUAUAAUCACCAAAGUAACUCUGUGGGAAACCUGCUUCCAUUUCAAUGGGUGUUCUCUUGUGUCUGUGAAGUGGGAAAUUCCCCAUAUGUCAUAGUGCUGUUGCUUGCCACAGUCGUCUAUUAAAUAACUGUCUACAACCUCUUUAAGUGUUAUGGAGAUGCAAGUGAGGAUUUAAGCUUAUAUUACUACUAGAUAUGUUUAAUUAUUGUAUUCAACAUCUAGGGGCUAUUAUUUGCUCUUGUUGUAACUGAUGAAUUCUAUUAGAUAUCUGGCUGAAUCUAGUUCGGAGAUUUACAUAUAUGGAAAGCUUUUAUUUAUAUUUGGGUAAUGGGUAGGAAAAUAUAGAAAAAAAAAAAUUAUGCUUAAGUUGAAGGAGUUUUCUAAGUACUUGUAAGUGUUCUUUCAUAUUGCAUUAAAUACUGUCACAAACAACAGUAAAGUUGCUGUACUACCAAAUAAAAACAUUCAAGAUUUA